GGCGCCUUCCCUCCUCUUGCCAUUGCAGAAGAAAUGGAGAGACGUUGCUUUCCAUUCUCCCUCGCCGGCCUCCCUCUUUUCCUCAUCUUGACUGCGUGCCAGCUGCAGAAUUUCGUUCCGGGGUUUGCCGUGGGCGAGCAUCCUAGCCACGGGGUGCACCGCCGCGUGCCCGCGCUCUUUGUCUUCGGCGACUCGACCGUCGAUCCGGGCAACAACAACUACUGGCUGACACCGUUGAAGGGCAACUUCCCGCCCUACGGGCUGAGCUUUCCCGGCCAUAUCGCCACCGGGAGGUUCUGCGACGGAAGACUUGCCACCGACUUCAUGGCGUCGUACUUGGGGAUCAAAGAGCUGGUGCCUCCCUACCUGGAUCCCAAGCUUGAUGAACAAGAGCUGCUCAGUGGGGUUAGCUUUGCGUUCGCCGGCUCCGGCUACGACCCCAUGACCGCCCACAACAUAGGUGUGGUUUCAGUACUCCAGCAGCUGGACUACAUGAGGGAGUACUUAGUCAGAAUGGAGAAGCUAGUUGGAAAGGCAAGAGCUGCCAAGAUCAUGGAAGACUCCAUAUUCACGGUAAGUGCAGGAACAAAUGACUUCGUUAUCACCUACUACCUCCUUCCCUUCAGGAAGCAAACCUUCACCCCAGAGGAGUACCAACAGUUUAUUCUUGAUCAACUUCGAACCUUCCUCAAGGGGCUCUAUGCACUUGGAGCACGAAGAUUUGCAUUUGCAGGGUUGCCUCCAAUGGGGUGCUUGCCGCUAGUGAUGACUACCGACCUUGGAGAUGCAUUCAUCAGACGGUGCAUUGACAAUCUAAACAUGGUGGCAGUCAGCUACAACUCCAAGUUACAAAACAUGUUGAAUGAGAUGAAAGAAAAAGAACUGAAGGACGCAAAGAUCGCCUAUGCGGACAUUUACACUGCCACGCUUGACAUCAUAAAGCAUCCAAACAAAUACGGCUUUGAGGUGACGAACAGAGGCUGCUGCGGAACAGGCUUUCUGGAAUUGAGUUUCUUCUGCAAUCACGCUUCACCACUCUGCCAUGACGUAUCAUCAUACGUGUUCUGGGAUUCGAUUCACCCCACGCAGAGGACCUACUCCUUCAUUUUCAACACAUCCCUUGAGCUAGCUCUUCCUCCUCUUCUAAUGGAGAGAAGUUGCUCUCCUUUCUCCCUCGCUAACGUCCCUCUUCUCUUCCUCUUGACUCUAUGCCAACAUCACAAGCUCGUCUCAAGCUUCGCCGUGGGCAACCAUCGCCCCGUGCCCGCGAUCUUUGUCUUCGGCGACUCGACCGUCGAUCCGGGCAACAACAACUACUUGCCCACUCCGGUCAAGGGCAACUUCCCGCCCUACGGGUUCAGCUUCCCCGAUCAUAUCGCCACCGGAAGAUUGUCCGACGGAAAACUUGCCACCGAUUUUAUAGCGUCGUAUUUGGGGAUCAAAGAACUGGUACCUCCCUACCUGGAUCCUACGCUGGACGAGCGUGAGUUGCUGACCGGUGUUAGCUUCGCCUUCGCCGGCUCCGGCUACGACCCACUGACCGCUGACAACAUAGGUGUGGUUUCAGUACUUGAGCAGCUGGACUACAUGAAAGAGUGCUUGGCCAGAAUGGAGAAGCUAGUUGGAAAGGCAGGAGCUGCCAAGAUCAUGGAAGACUCCAUAUUCACAGUAAGUGCAGGAACAAAUGACUUCGUUAUCACUUACCACCUCCUUCCCUUCAGGAAGAAAACCUUCACCUUAGAGGAGUAUCAACAGUUCAUUCUUCAUCAACUUCAAUUCUUCCUCAAGGAGCUAUACCAACUUGGAGCACGAAGAAUUGCAUUUGCAGGGCUGCCUCCUUUGGGGUGCUUGCCAGUCGUGAUGACCACCGACUUUGGAGAUGCAUUCAUCCGACGAUGCAUUGACAGUAUGAACAUGGCGGCAGCCAGCUACAACUCCAAGCUACGAGACAUGUUGAAUGAGAUGAAGGAAGAAGAACUAAAAGAUGCAAAGAUCGCGUAUUUGGACAUUUAUACUCCCACGCUCGACAUCGUAGAGAAUCCGAACAAAUACGAUGUAUUCACUCUCUCAGAAUUAAUGGAGCCUCAUUUUCCGAAAUGCAAGAAAACGAAUCCGCCUUUUCGAAUUGUGGAGAACCGGCAGAAGGAGCCCACUGCCCACGCGAAUAUCGGACUUGGAUUUUGGCUUAGGUUAUAUAUACGAAUGAUGUUCAUAAUGGAUCUGAAUCUUAUCGGUAGUGUGAUUUAAAUGGAUUGGC